AUUGACUCAAUUAUUGACAUGAAGACUGAAAGUUUCCUGUAUCAUAUGUUGUGUGCUACGCUUUUCAUUAUUUUACGCAUGCGCAUUUGUUCGCUAAACAUUUCCGGUCAAAACAAAGCAUAAUGCCAGGUGGUAGACCUUUUAGGCGUGGACGCGGUGGUCCGAUGAUGCGUGGCGGGAUGAUGAGAGGUGGCAUGAUGGGAUUCAAACCAGGACCACCAUUCCGGGCAUUUAUACCACACAUUCCAUUCGACAUUACCCAGUGUGAGACAAGUUUCCCCCAGGCACGUCCAGCAACAGAUGAUAAACCUCUUGCAGAUAAUCGUUUACCAACCUGGCAGGCGCUGUUAAAACGGAAUGGCGAUCUCACCCCUUCCACCACAGAGCAGGCCUCGAUACUGAACCUCGUGACAAAGAUCAACACUGUCCUUGACAGCGUCACUAUCACACCUGGAAACUUUGAUGCUGCUCAAAUAGAGGAAGUCCGUCAGGUUGGUCCGUUCAAGAAGGGCACAAUGAUGGCAGGAAGCAAUGUGGCAGACAUUGUGGUCAUGCUGAAGACUCUCCCUACAAAGGAGGCAGUUACAGCUCUCGGGAACAAAGUGUUGGAUGACUUGAGGACAGCUGAGCCCAGGGAAGUGUUGUCUAUGUUGACGAGUGAGACUGGAUUCGAGAUCAGUUCCUCAGAUGCCACCGUCCGCUGUCUCAUCACAACCAUACCUCCAAACCUGAAGAAACUUGACCCUGACCUUCAUUUGGACUCCAAGAUCAUGAACAGUCACCUGGCUGCAAUAAGACAUGCUCGCUGGUUUGAGGAAAAUGCAUCUCAUUCAAGUAUUAAAGUGUUAAACCGGCUUCUGCAGGACUUGAAGAAUCGGUUUGAAGGUUUCUCACCACUCACAUUCUGGAUCAUAGAUCUCCUGUCGCACUAUGCCAUCAUGAACAAUCCAGCCAGACAACCCCUCCCCAUCAACACAGCAUUCAAACGCUGCCUACAGAUUCUUGCAGCAGGCUUUUUCCUUCCUGGCUCUGUGGGCAUCACAGAUCCGUGUGAGCAGGGCACCGUCCGUGUUCACACCAUCAUGACACUAGAACAACAGGACCAGGUAUGCUACACUGCCCAGACUCUUCUACGCGUUCUCUCACACGGGGGAUUUAAACAGAUUCUUGGGAUGGAGGGCAAUGCCACAAUAGCCACAGAGAUGAGCGUAUGGGAGGGUGUGGUGGUGACGCCAUCUGACAAGGCGUACGAGAAACAGGAGAAACAGGAAGAAGAAGAGGAAGAGGAAGAAGACGAAAUGGAGACAGAAAACAAAUAGUCCUACUGAAAGUAGUCCUCCAGGAGAAAAGUCUAUAAAGAAAGUAGUCCUAGAUGAUAUAAGGCCACUAAUCAAACAAAACUCUUCUGAAGUCAAUUUUGCGCAUGUUCUGUAAGACUAAAAGAGAAUAGCAGAACACAAUGAAUACUGCUCCUAGGUAUUUUGUGCACACUGAAAACUCUCGAAAAAGUUAUAUUGUAUUGUUUUAAAAAGAUAUUUGUUUUCUGUGGAUAUAUUGUGUAUUGUAAAAAAAUUAUAAAAGGUGGUUUUGUUGUGGUUAGUGCAAUUGAAUCAAAGAUGGACAACAUACGACACUUUCAAUGUGUUACUGUUUUGGAAUAUCGGGAAGAGAUGCUUUCAAGAUUGGGAUCAACAUGGCAUAAUACUGUGAACUUACCUUUAAAUACAACAUGUAUAUGAAGAGCACACAGGAUUUACUGCAUCAUAGACUGGUUGGUUUAACAUUUAAUAGGAAUUUCAAAUAAGAAUCAAAGCUGCUUCUUCAGCAUGUCUGUUAAUUAUACAGUAUUGAACUCUGUGUGAAGUUUUGAUCAUCAUUGUAAAUGUCUUUAUGUCAUUAUUGGUCAUAUAUUAUUGAUCAUUUUAAUGAGUCUAUUGUGAUGUGAUCUUGUAUAUAUAAAAUACUUAAACUUCAAA